AUGGCUGGAUCUACGCUAGAUGACAGGAUAUCCGAUGGAGAUAUUGUAUCCGAGAAGCAUGUUGUGGAAGAAAAAUUCCUUGACUCACCACCCAGUGAAGUUGACCAGGGCAUCGUGAAAGACUGGGAUGGUGAAGAGGCCGCUGUGAAGCGCAAAAUUGAUUUUAUUCUCCUACCCGUGCUUGCUGUCGCCUUCUUCUCCCUCCAAAUGGACCGCGGCAAUAUCAGCGCCGUCUUGACAUCAACCAUAACGAAAGACUUGAAUAUCACUACCAAUCAGAUUAAUAUCGGUUCACAGCUCCUGUCUGCUGGAAUUGUGCUCUCUGAGAUUCCUUCCAAUAUCAUCAUGCAACGAAUUGGACCUCGGGUAUGGCUGUCUGGCCAGCUGUUCGCCUGGGGCCUCGUUGCGACCUUCCAAGCCUUUGUGCAAUCAUAUCCUGCAUUCUUAGUAACGCGGAUUUUGUUGGGCUUCUGUGAGGGCGGUUUCAUUCCUGGCGCCUUGUACUACCUAUCGACCUGGUAUAAAAAGGAUGAAACCAGUCUUCGAACAAGCCUGUUCUUUUAUGGGCAGAUGUUUGCCUCUGCGACAUCGAGCUUGAUAUCAGCUGGUUUGUUGAACCUUUCCGGUCGCCACGGCCUAGAGGGAUGGCGCUGGAUUUUCCUUGUCGAAGGACUCAUUACACUGUUCGUUGGAAUUGUGUUCACCCUCCUAGUACCACCCAAGGCGGGUGAUGGUCGGCCUCUGAGCAGCUUUGGUCGCUGGAGCUAUUUUACCGAGCGCGAAUCGCACAUCAUCCGAAAUCGUGUGCUGUUGGAUGAUCCUCGCAAGGCCCACGGUCAUAUUCAAAUCUCCCGCUCCGAUAUCUGCAAGACCCUCACACAGCCACGGAUCAUGCAGCAUGUAUUCUUGACCCUUGUGGCCAUGUCAGGCUUCCAGGGCUUGACGCAGUACACUCCUAGCAUGAUCAAGUCAAUGGGAUUCAGUGCAAUCCGCGCCAAUACCCUCGCUGCUGUACCUGUGUAUUGCAGUAUUGUGUGGCUGACAGCUUUGUCUGUUUCAGCGGAUCGAACAAAACAUCGUGGCCCGUUUGUCCUACUUGCUAUCACCUGGAAUGUUAUCUCAUACGCGUGCCUGCGAACAACGCGAUAUUCCUCCUCAAAGUGGCAUCGCUAUGGUGUGAUCGCAGUAGCGAAUGUGUCUUAUUGCAGUAUGCAUAUUCUGAAUGUGGGCUGGCUAUCGGUCUAUUGCAGUACACCGCAAGAGCGCAGCGUUGCAAUGGCCCUAGUCGUUAUGGCGGCCAAUUGUGCAGGAAUUUCAGGCUCGCAAAUCUUCCGCACAUCGGAUGCACCCAAGUACGUACAUGGCCUCACCGCAAUUUGUGCUUUAGCGGGGGCAUCGUGGGCUCUGGCGGCGGUUCUUUGCGUGCAGUAUUAUGUUCGGCGGCGCAAGGAAGUCACAGAGCCUGAGUCAAAGUCAGAUGCCGUGGCUUAA